AUGGAGAUAAGUCAACCAGUAUAUUUGCAAUACGAUCAUAAUAAAACAUGGGCUUCUAUAGAUUUUUCAUUGGAAAAAAGGUUUAUAAAUUCUCAAUUUUAUGAUAUUUUUCUUGAACUUCUUAUGCCUUUAUCAGAUAUAAAUAUAUCUAUAGGAAAUUUUAUGAUAAAAAUUGAAUUGUUUUCCAAUUCAAAAAUGCUUAUUACAUCUUCAAGAUCUGCAAUACUCAAAUUUUCUUCUUCAUUAUUAAGAAAGUUAAGAGUUUUAAUUGCAUUUCCAAUGUUACUCUUGGGCAUGGCAAAAGAAGAAGAACGUCUGGUUAUACCACUAAUAGAAGGAUUUAAAUAUAGUAAAGGUCAUGAAACUAUGUUAAAAUCAGUCAAUAUAACACUUUCUUAUGCUGUUCAAGUUUAUUCUUCAAAAUUGGUUUUUGCUGCUAGAUUACGAGGAAUAAGAUAUAUAAUUUAUUAUUAUCCAAUAUUUUCAUUUAUUAUCUUUAUAUCUUUCUUUUGGGUAGCAGAGUUAUUAUUUAUCAUCAUCAUUUGUUUAAUUAAAGCAAAAACUCUUCAAAGAUUCUUUCAACAACUGUUUUAUGGCAAUAAAUUUGAUUUUUCACAUUCAUAUGAAUCUUUUUCAAAAAAAAAUAUACAUUUAUCAAAACAAAAUGAGUUUUCAGAAAAUAAGGGUUCUGAUUCUGACAAUUCUUCUACUUUAUCAUUCUAUUCUACUUCUUCUAUAAAUAAAAUAUCAUCAGAAAAUUCAUUAACAACUUCUUCUGAUUUUUCUUCUUUAAAAGAUAAUUUAAACGAAAGAUCUGGAAAAAUUUCUCAUAAUUGA